GUGACAAGGCGCUGGCCGACACGUAUGGGCUUGCGGACAUUCCGGGCGCAGAAAAACUCUCGAAAGUGCAAGUCUACUUCAAGGACCUGGGCCCGCAAGUGGGUUGGUCGACUGUCUUCUACACCGAGUAUGCGGUGCCGCCGAUUGCCUAUGGCCUGAUGUGGCUUCUGCGUCAGGAGUGCAUGGUGCCAUACCUGCGCACUAUCUCGCCCGCGAUUUCCACUGUCUACUUUCCACCCAUUACAACCCACCUGGGUCUACGUGCGUUGGCUGCCGCCUGCUUUGUUGGUCACUUUGUGAAACGUGAACUGGAGACCGCCUUUGUGCAUCGCUUCUCGCAUGGCACCAUGCCGCUGAUGAAUAUCUUCAAAAACAGCGCCUACUACUGGCUGUUUGCGAUAGCUAUCGCCUAUUUUACCAAUCACCAUCUCUACACAUUCCCAAGUAAGUUUUGUGGACGCCCUUAUCGAUGGCGACUUUUUCUUUUUUUUCAAAACGUGUCAGUAUCUUUUUGA